AACAAAACCUUUUCUUUCCUAACAAGAAACGGAGCUGUACUCGCUGUCUAUCUAUAAAUAUCCCACCACCCACAUUCAGAUCCCUCACAUACCUCUUUUAACUCUUUACAAUUCUGGGUCUUCUUUUUCUUCUUCAACAAUCUCAUUCUUUUGUCUUUCUGAUUCUAAAUAAUCAUGGCGAGCCAACCCGAAUCAUCGGACUCUAAGGGAACGAAGAGGGACUUUAGCACAGCGAUUCUUGAGCGCAAGAAGGCCCCGAAUCGGCUUGUUGUGGAUGAGGCAAUCAACGAUGACAACUCUGUCGUUGCGCUUCAUCCCGAUACCAUGGAGAAGCUCCAACUCUUCCGGGGAGACACGAUCUUGAUCAAGGGGAAGAAAAGGAAAGAUACUAUCUGCAUUGCCCUUGCUGAUGACACUUGUGAUGAGCCAAAGAUAAGGAUGAACAAGGUUAUAAGAAGCAACCUCAGGGUGAGGCUUGGAGAUGUUGUUUCUGUGCACCAGUGUGCAGAUGUCAAAUAUGGAAAGCGUGUCCAUAUUCUUCCUGUGGAUGAUACUAUUGAAGGGGUCACUGGCAAUCUCUUUGAUGCGUACUUGAAACCUUAUUUCCUGGAGGCAUACCGCCCAGUGAGGAAGGGUGAUUUUUUCCUUGUGAGAGGGGGGAUGAGAAGUGUAGAGUUUAAGGUUAUUGAGACUGACCCUCCAGAGUACUGUGUGGUUGCUCCAGACACUGAGAUCUUCUGUGAGGGAGAACCUGUGAGAAGGGAGGACGAGGAUAGAUUAGAUGAAGUUGGUUAUGAUGAUGUUGGUGGUGUUAGAAAGCAGAUGGCUCAGAUUCGUGAAUUAGUGGAGCUGCCCCUGAGGCAUCCACAGCUAUUUAAAUCGAUUGGUGUGAAGCCACCAAAAGGAAUUCUAUUGUAUGGACCCCCUGGAUCUGGGAAAACUCUAAUUGCCCGGGCUGUUGCCAAUGAAACUGGUGCCUUCUUUUUCUGUAUCAAUGGACCCGAAAUCAUGUCAAAAUUGGCCGGGGAAAGUGAGAGCAACCUCAGGAAAGCAUUUGAGGAAGCAGAGAAGAAUGCACCAUCCAUCAUCUUUAUUGAUGAGAUCGAUUCAAUUGCUCCCAAGCGAGAGAAGACACAUGGAGAAGUUGAGAGGAGAAUUGUUUCCCAGCUCUUGACACUUAUGGAUGGACUGAAAUCUCGUGCUCAUGUUAUUGUCAUGGGGGCUACAAAUCGUCCCAACAGCAUUGACCCUGCCUUGAGAAGGUUUGGAAGAUUUGACAGGGAAAUAGAUAUUGGAGUUCCAGAUGAAAUUGGGCGUCUUGAAGUUCUCCGUAUUCACACAAAGAAUAUGAAGCUUUCUGAAGAUGUUGACCUAGAAAGAAUUGCUAAGGACACACAUGGUUAUGUUGGUGCUGAUCUAGCAGCUCUGUGUACUGAGGCCGCUCUUCAAUGCAUCAGAGAGAAGAUGGAUGUGAUCGAUUUGGAAGAUGAGACAAUAGAUGCGGAGAUACUAAAUUCAAUGGCAGUUUCAAAUGAGCACUUCCAGACUGCUCUUGGAACAAGCAACCCAUCUGCUCUCCGUGAAACUGUUGUUGAAGUGCCCAAUUGCAGUUGGGAAGAUAUUGGAGGUCUUGAGAAUGUUAAGAGGGAACUUCAAGAGACUGUUCAAUACCCGGUGGAGCAUCCUGAGAAAUUUGAGAAGUUUGGAAUGUCACCAUCAAAGGGUGUUCUUUUCUAUGGCCCUCCUGGAUGUGGGAAAACCCUCCUGGCCAAAGCUAUUGCUAAUGAAUGUCAGGCAAACUUUAUCAGUGUCAAGGGUCCUGAGUUGCUUACGAUGUGGUUUGGAGAGAGUGAAGCCAAUGUAAGGGAAAUAUUCGACAAGGCACGCCAGUCUGCUCCUUGUGUCCUAUUCUUUGAUGAACUUGACUCAAUUGCUACUCAGAGAGGUAGCAGUGUAGGAGAUGCUGGAGGUGCUGCUGAUAGGGUUUUGAACCAACUCUUGACUGAAAUGGAUGGCAUGUCUGCAAAGAAAACUGUUUUCAUCAUUGGGGCCACCAACAGACCAGAUAUCAUAGACCCUGCACUUCUGCGUCCAGGUCGUCUUGAUCAAUUGAUCUACAUCCCUCUCCCUGACGAGGACUCCCGCCAUCAGAUAUUUAAGGCAUGCUUGAGGAAAUCUCCCAUCUCCAAAGACGUUGAUCUCAGAGCCCUUGCCAAGUAUACUCAAGGCUUUAGCGGUGCUGACAUUACUGAGAUAUGCCAGCGUGCAUGCAAAUAUGCCAUAAGAGAGAACAUUGAGAAAGAUAUUGAGAGGGAAAGAAGGAGAAGGGAUAAUCCUGAGGCAAUGGAGGAGGAUGUUGAGGAUGAAGUAGCAGAGAUCAAGGCAGCCCAUUUUGAGGAGUCAAUGAAGUAUGCUCGGAGGAGUGUUAGCGAUGCUGACAUCCGCAAAUACCAGGCAUUUGCUCAAACAUUGCAGCAGUCAAGAGGGUUUGGAUCCGAAUUUAGGUUUGCUGAUAAUACUUCUUCUGGAGCCACUGCAUCUGACCCUUUCGCUACGGCUGCUGCCGGGGCUGAUGAAGAUGACCUAUACAAUUAGGUUCUUAAAAUGGGUGUUUGUCUUAUUUAUGUUAGACAUUCCUUUCUUACAUAUGUCAUUGUAAUGAUAUGUUUAAGGCUCUUAUUGAAUUGCCCUUGUGUCCAAGGAGGCCUUGGGUUUUGCCAGCGGAUGAUCCCCUGGCUACACUGAAGUUUAAAGAACAGUUUUUAUUUUGAUAGUUAUAAUGGAUAAUUUUAAACUCUACAAGUUUUAAGUUGAAAUUAUUGUUUGCUUUAA